AUGUGGGGAGAUGUGGGGAGAUGUGAGUGCGCCCAGUACGCUCUCUUCCCGGGGCAGGUCGUCGCGGUGCGAGGCGUCAACCUUCUCGGCCACACCAUCCGAGCGAGCCGCGUGCUCUGCGGCUCGCCGCCCCCCAACGCGGUCCCUCCAUCGGAGCGCGAGAUCACGCCCGAGCCCUUCAACGUCAUCACCGCCACCGGCCCGUUCACUUGCUCGGACGACCUCUCCUUCGCGCCGCUCGACGCCCUCCUCGAGCAGGCAACCUCGCGCCGCGCACUCGCGCUCGUCCUCGUCGGCCCCUUCGUCGAGGCGGACCACCCCGCCCUCGCCGCCGCCGAGGUCGGCUACGAGGACCUCUUCGAGCAGCGCGUGAUGCUCAAGGUCGAGGCGUUCCUCGCCGCCGCCGCGGAGGCGUACCCGCACGCGCCCCCGCACGUGGUGCUCGUCCCGUCGCCGCGCGACGUGCUCGCCUCGCCCGUCUACCCGCAGCCGCCGCUCCCGCGCCGCCGCUCGCCCGAGCAGAUCGCGCCCCUCCUCCACCUCGCGCCCAACCCCGCAGCCAUCGACGUCGGCGGCGUCCGGAUCGCCGUCGGAUCGCUCGACGCGCUCUUGAUGAUCGGCUCCGCGGAGCUCGCCUCGGCGCCGCAGCCGGGCGCGCCGCGCCCCGACCGGCUGCUGCGCCUGGCCUCGCACGUCCUGCAGCAGCGCUCCUUCCUCCCCCUCCUCCCGCCGCCCGCCGACUUGCCCGUCGACAUGGCGCACAACUUCGUCGCCGGCGCCAUCGACACGCGGCCAGACAUCCUCCUCCUCCCCUCGCAGCUCGCGCCCUUUGCGAAGGUGCUCCCCGACGCGGCGGGCGGGGCGCUCUGCGUCAACGCGGGCAGACUGACGCGCAACGCGGCGGGCGGCAACUACGCCACCCUCUCGGUGCACCCGCGCGCGCAGGUCGACGGCGCCCGCACCUCCGACAUCGCGCCGCGCGUCGCCGUCGAGAUCGCGAAGAUCUGA